CUCUUCCGGGUGUUUUCCUUCAGCUGGACGGCGGACGGUGACAGUGAACUACCGCAGCUUUCUCUACGUGUUUAAGCCUUAAUUUUUGCCAAAAUGAACCGUAUAUUUGGCAGCGGGAAACCCAAAGCGCCACCGCCGAACCUCACUGACUGCAUAGGAACCGUUGAUUCUCGGACAGAGUCUGUUGACAAGAAGAUCGCCAGACUAGAUGCUGAACUUGUGAAAUACAAGGAUCAGAUGAAAAAGAUGAGAGAUGGGCCCUCAAAGAACAUGGUCAAGCAAAAGGCGAUGAGAGUUCUGAAGCAGAAGAGAAUGUAUGAGGGCCAGAGAGAUAACCUCAUGCAGCAGUCGUUCAACAUGGAACAAGCAAACUACACAAUCCAGACCCUUAAAGACACUAAAACCACAGUUGAUGCCAUGAAGACCGGCCUUAAAGAAAUGAAGAAAGCAUACAAGAAUGUGAAAAUUGAUAAGAUUGAGGAUAUUCAAGAUCAACUGGAGGAUAUGAUGGAGGACGCCAAUGAAAUCCAGGAGGCGAUGGGCAGAAGCUAUGGCACGCCUGACAUCGAUGAGGAGGACUUGGAAGCAGAGUUGGACGCUUUGGGAGACGAGCUCCUAAUGGACGACGACAGCUCCUACCUGGAUGAAGCUUCUACAGCUCCUUCCAUCCCACAGGGCCUGCCCGGAGAAAAGUCAACCAGCAGGGAUGGUGUUCUGGUGGACGAGUUUGGCCUUCCUCAGAUUCCUGCUACAUGAAGGAGCAACACUCGUGCUAGUUUUACAUGUUUUGUAGAAUUUUUUGUAUUUAUCUAACUGACACUCCCAGCCUUUGAGUGCAGCAUUGAAAUUCUAAGCUUCUUCUAUCCAAUGAAUGAUGGAAACUUUAGCUUAAAAGCAGGCAUCUUUAAUUAAAGCUGAUUAUUAUUCUAUGAAUGAGCUCAUGUCAUAUGUAUCUGAGGUGACUAUUGGAAUUGGGAUUCUCUUAACUUGUACAGUUUCUGCAGCAUUGAGUUGCCAAGAACAAAAUAAAUUAUAUUUUUCCAAUGA